GUUUGAAAUGUUAGAUAUAUUUGAUAUGCGAAGUACUAUAGGCGAAGGUCGUUAUAUGUACGGUAGCAUGUAAAUGUCGCUUAGCUGAGUUGAUGCUGCGAGGCUGAGGCACCUGUUAUUAAUUGGGCUAUGGCUAGCUGGAUGUAUGGCUGUGCCAACCGUAUGUAGCAUCACUAGCAGUUCGACCUGUCGAUCCAGAGCCUCGUCUGAUCAUCAAUUCAUCUUAACCAGCCUAACACGUGAAAAUCAGCAAGAUGCCGCAAACUCACCCCCGAAACCAAAUUAUACUUGCGCCGUCAAGGGUAGAUCACAACGGCAUCAUGUCUAUCUUCCUGGCCGGUACCACUACUAGGACAGACGAUACCCGGGACUGGCGCGAGGUGUUAACCGAAUCUCUCGCGGAUUUGCCCCUCACCGUCAUCAAUCCGUAUCGAUCGGAUUGGGACUCAAGCUGGCGAGAGGAUAUUACAUGUGAACCUUUUCGAGAACAGGUAGAAUGGGAACUCGACAUGCAGGAAAAGGCCCAUAUAGUCGUCAUAUUCUUCCACCCGGCAACCGAAGCACCCAUCAGCCUGCUUGAGCUUGGGCUUUGCGCGAGAGCUAAGAAGGCUAUCGUUGUGUGUCCUGAGGGGUAUAAGAAGAGGGGAAACGUCCAGAUUAUAUGUCAAAGAUAUGGACUUGAAAUCGCAGAAAACUUUGAUACAUUAAAGGAAGUCAUUGUGAAGAGAUUGCCAACAGGUUCUCUGUGAGCUACACGGUUGAAUCGUCAGACCUAAGAAAGAUAUACUGCUCGACUCUUUAUAUACGCAUGUCUCAUUGGUUGCUAGACUGCGUAAAUAGCUUCUUUUGCGAGGAGUCCUUUAUUAUUAUACAAAAUUAAUUUUAUGUUGCGCU